GUGUCCUUUAACCAACAGUGUUUGAGCGUGGCGGCUAACAUUUCCUGUUCUGAGCCUUCUCCAGUGUCCCUCUCAGCGUGGCAGAAUCUCUCAACCUUACCCUGUCUUGUGUGUGGGUGUUUUGCGUGUGCGUUUGUAUGUGUGCAGGGUCUCAUCGCAUCAUUGAUACAGAGUUUGAUGAUGGUUUGAUAGUAGUGACUAAAGGCGCAGAGCGUAACUCCAGGGAGAGAGAGCGGGGCAGCACGUUGGCUGUGCCCGAGCAGCAGCGGCCCGUCCAGCACCGCUCGCGCUCGGUGUCGCCUCACAGAGAGGACACGUGCAGAGCUCGGUCUCGGCCUGCACACGUGCCCAUGCAAAGGAGUUUGGAUGAGAUCCACCAGAACCGCCACCACUCCCACUCGCCCUCCCAUUACCACGAGCCCCACUUGGAGCACCAACGCUCAGGUGACUCGGACUACGAGUACUCUGAGGACAGUGAGGUCCUGGAGAUGCACAGGUCUAUCCGGGGCGGGAGUGCCGAGUGCCUGCACACAAACAGAGCACACCCUUAUGGCAGCCCGACUUCCCCGGCGGGGACUCCCUCAUCAGGUCGCAGGGGCAGGCAGCUCCCUCAGCUCCCCGCUAAAAGCAGCAGCAUAGAGCAAGGUGUGUUGUGUGUGGAGAAAAAUUCAUAAGAAAGAACACGUAUCGCAACAGUUUGAUAACUGUAAUCAUUCACAUCAAAAGUGAAUGAUUACAGCUAUUAAACUGUUGUCAAAGU